AUAAUUGGAGGGCAAGUCUGAUGAACUUCACUUCGAAUCUUAAUGAUUUCACGACGUUGAAAUGAUUGCUGUCGCCAGAAAUAGGGCGCCCGUCUACAGUUGUAGAGCCAUACUAGGGGCAACUGCACAAGCAGGGUUACGGCGGGCCAUAUCCCAGUCCAGUGUACCUCAGACUCCUUGAAGCGGCAUAUUACGGCGCAACCUGCAGUUGCUGGUACCAUUUCAAUGCCAAGGCUACGGCGCGACUCUAUCUUUUCAAGUGCAAAUACGUGCGGCGGAUGAUGAGGCGCGUCGCUUGCCAGCCUGCAAGUCGAGAUCUACCGUAGCAUGUUCAUGUUCAACACCACCGCUCACCAAUCCGACAACUAGGUAUUUACCUUGAACCAGAACUCUGCAGUCUGUCUCCUUCUCCGUUCGCAUACCCUCCGAGUGUCUCGAACCUCUUCCCUCCGUUCCCGCAGCUGAGGCUCUUGUCCCAGCUUUCUCCUGCUCAUUCCUCCAGUCCUUCCACCUCAUCUCAUACUCAGCCGCCAUGCCCGCAACAACCGCAGAAACCUUAUCUCUAGUAAGCAGACAGGUUUCAGUUGCCCCUUUGGUGCUUCUGUCUGUUGCCGACCACUAUGGUCGAUCAGCCAAAGGUACCCGGAAGCGAGUAGUGGGAGUUCUCUUGGGGCAAAAUGAUGGGAAGAAUGUCCGGGUAUCGAACUGUUUCGCAGUGCCGUUUGAAGAAGACGAAAAAGACCCUUCAGUAUGGUUUUUGGAUCACAACUAUGUCGAAUCGAUGCGGGAGAUGUUCAAAAAGGUCAAUGCCCGGGAGAAGUUAAUAGGCUGGUAUCAUUCGGGUCCAAAGUUGCGAGCGUCCGACCUGGAGAUCAACGAGCUCUUCAAAAGAUAUACCCCCAACCCGCUGCUUGUCAUCGUGGAUGUACAGCCCAAAGAAGUUGGCGUGCCGACCGACGCUUAUUUUGCUAUUGAGGAGAUCAAAGAUGACGGCACGACCACCACCAAAACCUUUGUGCAUACGCCUUCCAUCAUCGAGGCCGAAGAAGCCGAAGAGAUCGGAGUGGAGCAUCUUCUAAGAGACAUCCGGGAUGUGGCCGUUGGAACCUUGUCCUCCAGAAUCACCCAGCAAUUACAGUCCCUACAAGGUCUUCAUCUGCGACUCAGAGACAUCGGCGCCUACCUCCAAAAGGUGCUCGAUGGCGAAUUACCUAUCAACCAUGCUAUUCUCGGUAACCUGCAAGACAUAUUCAAUCUUCUCCCCAACUUGACCGUGCCUCCCGCUUCCAAGCCGCAUGGCGCGAAUCAAGUCGAAAACAGUGAACUGGCCCGUGCCAUGACGGUUAAAGUGAACGACCAGCUUAUGACAAUCUAUCUCAGCUCCCUCGUUCGCGCCAUCACCGCAUUCCACGAUCUAAUCGAUAACAAGAACCAAAACAGGCAGCAGCAGGAAGAAAAGGAAGCCAAGAAGGACGAGGCGGAGAAGAAGGAGGGGGAUAAACACAAGGAUGACAAGAAGUUGGCCAAUGGUGCAGUCAACGGCGAGAAGAAAGCUACAGAAGACAACGGAAAGGGCAAGGACAAGAAGAAAGGCUAGAUAAUGCAGCAGACUCGAACUGAGGAUUGCAUUCAGGCAUUUAGCAUGGCGUUUGAGCGGGAGAUCCUGCGCAAUGGCUUGAGGAAGUACAUACAUCAUCGUGUCACAUCAGCAGGCUGGUUCAAUGUACAAUAUGGCAUCGAGGUCACAUGAAGUGGUCAUAGAAUUUGGAUGCGGCUUCUGUCUGUCACUGGAUGAAAGAAGUUUCCGUGGCCAGACUAUAUCUCUCGUGGCCGUUGCUCAUUUACCCCCAUACCGAGUGCACUCGUCUUACUCGCUAACGGCUCAUUGGAAGCUCUUUAGGAAUUUUGUCCUAUUCUUGCUAUGUAGGAUUCCAAUGGAACCUGCCAGUCCUGCCACAAGAUAACGGGGUCCAGCGGGGGAUAAGAUUCCUGCAAAACGUUCGUCCUUCAAGUUCUCGAGUCUGGUCCUCUUUCUACUAGUAGGCAAAGGCUGCACGCGGACAUGAUGACAUGUACUGUGCUGUAGCCACCCGUUAACCCAGGAGCUCUUAUCGUGCGCCGAACUCGCCCCAACCUGCGCCC